AACAGUUGGUCUUUCGUUUGGCUACGACAAUUAAAUGCAGGUAGAUUUAGUGUCCUGAUGCUUUGCAUCUUAUCGAGAUGACCACUUUUAGAAGACUGAAGGGCUAUGUGUGAGAUUCGAGGGUGGAAACACUUUGACUUGGCCGUCGUGAAAUGACAGAAUUUGAUUUAGAAGAUGAGCCUUUAGGAAGCGAAGCAACCGGCGGAUUUUCUGACAAGUACGAAGUUAAAGAAAAAUUGGGCGCAGGAAUUUCUAGUGUGGUACGAAGAUGUAUCCACAAGAUCACUGGAAAACCAUAUGCUGUGAAAAUAAUAGACAAGCUAAGUGAUGCUGGAGGUGUGGACAUUGAGGCAACAACAUGGGAUGAAGUCAGUGUUCUGCUUGCUUUGCAAGGACAUGAAAAUAUAAUUGGCUUGGUUGAUGUCUUUGAGUCCCCUGUGUUUUUUUUCUUGGUGUUUGAACUGGCUGUAAAGGGAGAACUGUUUGAUCAUCUCACAAACCAAGUUACAUUAUCUGAGAAGAAAACCAGACGUAUCAUGCAUGAGGUAUUCGAAGCUGUUAAGUUCAUGCAUGAUCAGGACAUUGUACACAGAGAUUUAAAGCCUGAAAACAUCCUUCUUGAUGAAGACUACAGAGUUAAGAUAUCAGAUUUUGGCUUUGCAGUGAAGCUGAAAGAAGGGGAAAAGCUCAGAGAGCUGUGUGGUACACCAGGCUAUUUGUCACCUGAAGCACUGCAGUGCUCAAUGUUUGGGGAUGCUCCAGGUUAUUCAAAGGAAGUUGACGUAUGGGCAUGUGGAGUGAUCAUGUACACUUUACUUGUGGGUUGCCCUCCUUUCUGGCACCGCCGACAAGUUACAAUGUUGAGGUCCAUUAUGGAAGGAAGAUAUCAUUUUCAUAGUCCAGAGUGGGAUGACAUUUCUGAGUCAGCCAAAGAUUUGAUUUCCAAGCUUCUAGUUGUUCAUCCUAAAGGAAGGUUAUCUGCAGAGCAAGCUCUAGAACAUGCCUGGUUCAAAGGAGCUCAGCAGGCAAAAAAUGAUGGAUUUUCUGCAAAGUGGAAAUUUAAGGGAACCGUGAUUGCCCUUAUAGCGGUCAGAGAAUUCUCCAAGUUUGCAAAGAAUAAACUUCAACCAGUGACAUUUGAUUCGAUUCUUCGUGAGCCUUAUGGCGUGAAACCGUUGCGUAAAAUGAUCGAUGGAUGUGCAUUCAGGAUUUAUGGUCAUUGGGUUAAACGCAAUAAGGACGAAAAUCAGAACAGGGCUGCGCUAUUCGAAAACAAACCUCACAAAGAGAGAUACAAUGGCAACGGAGAUGGACCCAGGAAGAAAAGUAACCUAGACUCGUAUAACGCGUCUUUUCGAAUGUCAUCUGUGGGUUUAAUUCAGUACAAAUCCAUUAGAAAACUCACUCCAAGCAACUAACAGAAAAGCUGCACGGGGAAGUAGUUGAUAAUUUAAAGUUUGGAAAAAAUUGCUCUGUUCAGACUUGGGGCAACUAACGACAAUCAGAAGCAAGCAAACACGAGCAUUUUCUUUUGCAAUGGCCUAGGUUCCUUAAAGAUGUUGAUAUUCACUGGGUACUUUGUAAAGAGUUUUAUUUACGGUUGGUGAACAGACACACGAAAUACAGUGAACCAUGUGAAAUAACUCAGGCAGUGGUAAAAGAUUGAGACCGCUCUACUGUGUCACAGCCUAUCACGAAAAUGGAAAUGAUGUCAUUCGAGGAAAACUGGGAGCAGAUAUUUUUACUUUCGCAGUAUUCGGUGGUGACAUUACAAUGAGGUACCAUCUUGUCACUGGAACCCCUCGUCCCCCCAAACGCCCCCCCCCCCGUUAAGCAAGCGUAACAAACAGCAUUCCUUCAGCUGCAUGGAGCUUCGUUUCAACGGAGUAUUAUUGCAAAUUUCUGUAUUUUCAAGUGCUUAUAGCCAAGUGUUUCUUUGGCCUAACUUCACCGCAUUGUACCAGAAAUAUAGAAAUAUAGCCUUAAUGAUCCAUGAAAAAAAGGUUAAAAAAAAGCCAGGCUUAAUGCUAACGUUAUUGCCCAUGUAAGGUAUGUAUGAACACGAGAGUCUUGUUCAGUCAGGUGUAGAGAGGAAAGAAUUUGUUAACUUAUUUUAUAGUUCCAUGAGGUUAAUUUAGAUUGAAAGAAAGGUUUUAAUAAGUAGUUUCUGAGAAAUCGACUUUGAAAUAUAAGCUAGCGCUAAGAAGUCACGACGUUUCGACCUCUCUGAGUGAGCAAGUUUUAAACUUACUCACUUGGAAAUGACCUCAGAGUGGUCGAAACGUCGUGACUUCUUAGCGCUAGCUUUUAUUUCAAAGAAAGAUUUUGUUUGACUUUGUCGCCGGUUUAUAGUGUAUUUCACCUUGCUCUUAGGUGUGAUAAUGUACAAUAAUAACAAUUUACUUUAUCACAAAAUUAAGUUAUGAACAAAGGUAGAGUGGAACCACAGAACUGAUGGUACGCCAUCUAUUUUACGCAAAAUGCUUUAGUUUGCAAUGCCAGUAGCGCGCUGAGGGAAUGAAAAAGUGUUGUUGAGAUUGAGGAAGUCACGUUUCCUCCAUUUGAAAAUCGUUGAUUUUUCAGAACUUCUUUCCACUGGACAGCCUUGUUUUAAUCUCAAUCUAUUCCUAUUUAAAUUUGUUUUUAUCUGAGAAUAAAAGGCUCGGGUUUUAUACUUUAGCUAAGUACUAUUGAUGCAGAACAGAACACAGAUGAGACUGAGUGAACUUGAUGAGUAGGAUUCCAGAUCCCACGGCACGUUUAUUUACAAGUAUUUAUUUGCGUGCUUGUUCAAAAUGUCAAGAUUGACCCUAAAGAGUCAUUUAUUUAGCAAGUUCUUACGUUGUAAUUCAAUGCGAAUAAAAAGUGGAGAGUAACUGAG